UUGUUUGAACACUUGGCCCGAAGGGGACGUCUAAUCAAUAUCGGCGCCACUUCUGGCUAUACUAGUGUCGGAUACGCGCCCAUCAAAAUCGAUGACUUUAUUGUCAAGCUCCAUUACGGCGCCCGCACUGUCAUAGGAUUCCUGACCUUUGAUUAUAAACAUAAAUACGAAGAAUACUCGAAACAAUUGUCUGAAUAUUAUGUGAAAAAUAAACUCAAAAUUAAAGUCGAUUUCGGGGUUAAUGUGGGCGAAGGUCUCGAAGCCGUUUCCAAUGGCCUUAAGUAUCUUCACAGCGGUUCCAAUACUGGAAAAGUUUUGGUCAAACUUUAAAGUUUUAGUUUAAAGUAUGAAAAGCCUUAAAAUUGUUGUUUUAUUUAUGAAUUUAAACAAUAAAUAAAUUUUUAUAAAUGAACCAAA